UGAUGAGUCCUUUGGUUUACCGAUCGCCAUAAGAAUGUAACAACUGCCGAGAGGCGAGAAAUACAGUACCAACCAGGUUGAGGGCACGGUUGUUAGUUGAGACAAAACGCUGCUAUCUGCGUGCACCCAUAAGGAAUCAUCAUGAGGGAGAUUGUUCAUAUCCAGGCCGGGCAAUGUGGAAACCAGAUUGGUGCCAAGGUAGGUGGUAUGUUUAUAUUUGUCUGGACGCAGAGGUUAUUAUAGAGCACUAACUUUUUUUUGUUAGAUGUUUCCAAUUUUGAGACCUGCAUGCUUUUGUCCCAUUUUUAACUAUACGCGCAACAUGACUUGCACUACAUUUUCCAAGAGAUCAAAAUCACCCAUCCAGUAUUUGGGGAUAAUAUUUUUUGACUAAUGUGUCGUGGAAAUUAGUAUUUAAUUUAUUUAGAACUAUAAGAUGCCAUUAGGUUGAUAUGGGUGUUGUCCUCUUGGACUUGGGCUAGGAGCCAAAGGGUCUGCAGUGAUGUCGCGCACCUGCGGGGCUGGCGCAUCAUGCUGUCACCAAAGGAGCUGCGCCAUUGCGAUAGACUACGCACAACGACCGUCCAGUACUUUUCCAUGUCUUGAUCAGGUUAUAGCCAGAUCUCUUAGGUCAAACCAUGAAGCAUCACGUUUGCAAGACCUAAUCUCUGUCCCAUUCUCAGUUCUGGGAGGUGAUAAGUGACGAACAUGGCAUCGACCCCACCGGCAGUUACCAAGGUGACAGUGACCUGCAGCUGGAGAGGAUAAACGUAUACUACAAUGAAGCAUCAGGUAAAUACAUAAGAAUUUACUAUCUAGAUUGGGUCAUUAAGUAAUCUCUGCAUGCAUCUAAAUAACAGGUCCACAUUUUUUAAAUAAACCAUAAGCACUGUAGUAUACACUGACUGUACAAAACAUUAGGAGCUCCUGCUCUUUCCAUGACUGACCAGGUGAAAGCUAUGAUCCCUUAUUGAUGUCACUUGUUAUAUCCAUUUCAAAUCAGUGUAGAUGAAGGGGAGGAGACAGGUUAAAGAAUGAUUUUAAAGUCUUGAGACAAUUGAGACAUUGAUUGUGUAUGUGUGCCAUUUAGAGGGUGAAUGGGCAAGAAAAAAUAUUUAAGUGACUGAAUAUUUAAGUGCGUUUUGAUAUGGUAGUAUGUGCCAGGUGCACCGGUUUGAGUGUGUCAAGAACUGCAACGCUGCUGGGUUUUCACGCUCAACAGUUUCCCGUGUGUAUUAAGAAUGGUCCACCACCCAAAAGAUGUCCAGCCAACUUGACAACUAUCGGAAGCAUUGGAGUCAACAUGGUCCAGCAUCCCUGUGGAACGCUUUCGACACCUUGUAGAGUCCAUGCCCCAACGAAUUGGGGCUAUUCUGAGGGCAAAAGAGGGUGCAACUCAAUAUUAGGAAGGUGUUCCUAAUGUUUUGUACACUGUGUACUUUGGCUUUCCCCAAAAUAAACUCAGAAUGAAAACGAUAUUCCCUGGUGAUGAAAACUGCAGACCUAAUUUGACUUGUAAACUCAUGCUCUGUAGGCCUAAUUUAAAUUGAGUAUGUGACAUUGUGACCAUAAUAUCUGUCUGGGUGCAGUGUGCCCUGUGGCAGGGCAGGGAAAUGAGGACAGCAGCAGGGACCUGUCAAUCUCUCCCUGCCUUCCUCUCUCUCCCCCCCUGUAUCUCAUCUUUCUCUGCAUCAGCGCUCUCUCUCUCUCUCUCUCUCUCUCUCUCUCUCUCUCUCUCUCUCAUAUCUGCAGUGAGUGCAGUCUCUGUAAAACCGACCAAACCCUAAUGCUUGCCUGCUGUCUGUGCGCUGGUCUGAUUUGCUCUAUCAUAGCAUCUUGAUAUGACGAUAAGAUAGAAAAUGUGUCAUGUCUACUGGGAGAUGCCAUCUUGGUCUGAAUGAAUUCAGCUUAGCGUUUUUCUCACCACCUUCCUUGGACUGGAGCUAGCAGUUUUUCUGUGCUGCAAGCUGCUGCGGUCUGCAAGGGAGGCUGAGUGAGUGUGAGAGAGAGAAACAGACCGAGAGAGAAACAGAGAGAGAGAAACAGAGAAAGAAGCAGAGAGAGAGAGAGAAACAGAGAGAGAGAGAGAGAGAGAGAGAGAGAGAGAGAGAGAGAAACGAGAGAGAGAAAGAAACAGAGAGAAAGAAACAGAGCGAGAGAGAAAAUCAGAGGCAGUCUGUGCUAUGCUCUAUUUAAUAAGCUGUGCGGGAGAGCAUGGUCAGGGGAUGACUAGUAUUUGCCCUCUAAAAAAGGCAAACAGUUUGUCUAAACACACAUUCUCCCCUAUUUCCAUAUCCUCAUAUCCCAAUGGGCACCAAGAUAUUUCCACAAAGCUUUUUGGAUUAAUUUUCUCAGAAUCAAUGUUUACUGUAUAAGUUGUGCCUUCACCAUGCUACCUCACCCAUCCUCCCUCACUAAACCUGAUGUCCCUGGCUCUCCUCCCCCACAGGUAACAAGUUUGUCCCCCGGGCCAUCCUGGUGGAUCUGGAGCCAGGCACCAUGGACUCUGUCCGCUCCGGGCCCUUCGGCCAGCUCUUCAGACCAGACAACUUUGUCUUUGGUGAGUAGUGGUUAUCAUCUAACCGGGUUCCAGGUUGUUUUGUGCUACCUUGCCCAGCCUGGUCCCAGAUCUGUCUGUUCUGUCUUGCCCAAUGGGUCAUCAUCAUGUCCUGUCAGCACUUGCAUCCUCAACCCACAGCAUGUCAUGUCUGUGUCAGCAUUCACUGUCAUGUCCUCUGAAGCAAAGCUUAAUUUAAACUUUGACAUAUAUGUACAGUGUGUUCAAUGUGCAACAGCUCAGCAAUGUGCCAGUAAGGUGAUGUAUGGUCGGUGAGCGGUUGUGUCAGGCACAGACAGCUAGCAUGGUGACUCAGCAGAAAGCAGUCCCCAGGGCAUAGUCUGCUACUGUUGCAGUGCUCAUCAGGAUGGGGAUAUAGCGCUAAAUAAAAUCCACCCUAUUCUACUGCAUAAAGUAUAGUAAGCCUACAUUCACAUCAUAUUGUAUAAGCAGACUUUGAGGACAAAUGCAAACUUCUACACUAUAAUAUUUCAGAGCAUGAUAACGGCAGACUAGUGAUCAUGCUCAAUUAAGCUGUUUUUUAUCCACUGUAAUUAUCCAUUCUUAACUCAAUGGAAUUGUCUCUUUUAAUGGAAACUGACAAAUGAUAUACCCAAUGCAUUUGAUUGUUAGCUUGUUAACUAACUUUUCAUUCUACUUGAUGUGUAUUGCUAGAUGUGUAUUAGCACACAAAGAUGCUAUGUCUCUAACCCAGGUUCAUCAUGGGUCUUUCAGGUCAGAGCGGAGCUGGUAACAACUGGGCUAAAGGCCACUACACAGAGGGCGCUGAGCUGGUCGACUCUGUCCUGGACGUAGUCAGGAAGGAGUCUGAGAACUGUGACUGCCUCCAAGGCUUCCAGCUCACCCACUCCCUGGGAGGGGGCACUGGCUCUGGCAUGGGCACCCUGCUCAUCAGCAAGAUCCGCGAGGAGUACCCCGACCGCAUCAUGAACACCUUCAGCGUCAUGCCCUCACCCAAGGUGUCAGACACGGUGGUGGAGCCCUACAACGCCACCCUCUCAGUGCACCAGCUGGUGGAGAACACAGAUGAGACUUUCAGCAUCGACAACGAGGCUCUCUACGACAUCUGCUUCCGUACCCUCAAACUCACCACGCCCACCUACGGAGACCUCAACCACCUGGUGUCGGCCACCAUGAGUGGGGUCACCACCUGCCUGCGCUUCCCCGGUCAGCUUAACGCUGACCUCCGCAAACUGGCCGUCAACAUGGUGCCCUUCCCCCGCCUGCAUUUCUUCAUGCCCGGCUUCGCCCCUCUGACCAGCAGGGGGAGCCAGCAGUACCGUGCCCUCUCCGUGCCCGAGCUCACCCAGCAGAUGUUUGACGCCAAGAACAUGAUGGCCGCCUGCGACCCUCGCCACGGCCGCUACCUCACCGUGGCUGCCAUCUUCAGAGGGCGCAUGUCCAUGAAGGAGGUGGACGAGCAGAUGCUGAGUGUGCAGAACAAGAACAGCAGCUACUUUGUAGAAUGGAUCCCCAACAACGUGAAGACGGCUGUCUGCGACAUCCCGCCCCGCGGCCUCAAGAUGUCUGCCACCUUCAUUGGCAACAGCACGGCCAUCCAGGAGUUGUUCAGGAGGAUCUCUGAGCAGUUCACCGCCAUGUUCCGCCGUAAGGCCUUCCUUCACUGGUACACCGGAGAGGGUAUGGACGAGAUGGAGUUUACAGAGGCUGAGAGCAACAUGAACGACCUGGUGUCUGAGUACCAGCAGUACCAGGACGCCACUGCUGACGAGAUUGGCGAGUACGAGGAAGACGAGCUGGAGGAUGAGGAGCAGGAUGUUCAGCAGCACCAUGAUGUCCGCCAUUGA